ACCAAACCCCAAUGUGCACCACAGAGGACAACAUUUAAUGGCGAGCAUCCGUCACGUGACUCCACGUCCACCAAUGGCGUCGCGGCAGUGUAACUUUAGCGAUAAGAGAAGCGCAGUAAAGGGCGAGUGGACGGAAGGAGUUCACUGUGAGAUCUCCAUGGUCCUCCUCACACACUCAGCCUAACAGCGGCCCUUCUGGCUCCAGCAGCACACACUCUGAGCAUCCGGACUAUCUGUGUGUUCAUCGGUCUCAGGAGCAGGCUGCACUCCUCCAGCAGGUCUCAGAUCAGAUCCUCCCUGCCCGGCUGCUGUCUGCUCUCAUGUUGGGAGACAAGGCUCACGGUGUCACUUUGAAGGUUAUGGAGUACACAUAUGAUGAUGACCUGGAGGAGCUGUGUCCUGUGUGUGGAGACAAAGUGUCCGGAUACCACUACGGCCUGCUCACCUGCGAGAGCUGCAAGGGAUUCUUCAAGAGGACAGUGCAGAACAACAAGAGGUACACAUGCGCGGAGAACCAGGAGUGUAAAAUCGACAAAACCCAGAGGAAGAGGUGUCCCUUCUGCCGCUUCCAGAAGUGCCUCAACGUCGGGAUGCGGCUAGAAGCGGUGCGCGCAGACCGCAUGCGUGGGGGCAGGAAUAAAUUUGGCCCCAUGUACAAGAGAGACAGGGCCUUGAAGCAGCAGAAGAAAGCUUUGAUACGAUCCAGCGGCUUCAAGCUGGAGAGCGCCGCUCCUCCGCCGGCUUCUCCGCUGCAGAGUGACUACGGCUUCACCGGCACCCUGCACAGCCUGCCCACCAUCUCCAAGAGCCUGUUGCCCUCCACCCCGAGCUCCAUCACCCCCACAGACUACGAGGCCAACCUCUAUGGACCCCCGUCCCUGGGCAUGGCCAUGCAGUCCCACCUGCCCCUCACCACUCAGUACCAGUACACAGCCUUCCCUGGCAGGGCGAUUAAAGCCGAGUGUCCCGACUACACCAGCUCCCCUGAGUCUCUGACAGGAUACCCCUACCCAGACAUGUACCCCUCGGCCUCGCCUCAGCCCCCCAGCCUGCCUCCGCUGGUGCUGGAGCUGCUGCGCUGUGACCCAGACGAGCUGGUGGUGCAGAACAAGAUCGUGACCCACCUGCAGCAGGAGCAGAGCGGCCGGGCCCGGCUGGACAAGCCCAGCACCUUCAGCCUCAUGUGCCGCAUGGCCGACCAGACUCUGUUCUCCAUAGUGGAGUGGGCCCGGAGCUGCAUCUUCUUCAAGGAGCUCAGGGUGGGAGAUCAAAUGAAGCUGCUCCAUAACUGCUGGUCUGAACUUCUGGUCCUCGAUCACAUUUUCAGACAAGUGCAACAUGGACAGGAAGACAGCAUCCUGCUGGUGACCGGCCAGGAGGUGGAGCUGUCGUUCGUCCUGUCCCAGGCGGAGGCCACGCUGUCGGGGCUGGUGCAGCGGGGGCAGGAGCUGGCGGCCCGGCUGAGGGCCCUGCAGCUGGACCGCAGAGAGACCGCCUGCAUGAAGUUCCUGCUCCUCUUCAAUCCCAAUGUCAAGCUGCUGGAGGACCAGGCCUUCGUGGAGGGGGUGCAGGAGCAGGUGAACGGUGCUCUGCUGGAGUACACCCUGUCCACCUACCCUCAGUUCCAGGAGAAGUUCAGCCAGCUGGUGGUGCGUCUGCCGGAGCUGCGCGGCCUCAGCACGCAGGCGGAGGACUUCCUGUGCUACAUGCACCUGAGCGGAGAGGUGCCCUGCAACAACCUGCUCAUCGAGAUGCUGCACGCCAAGAGAGCCUGUGUGUGAGGGACACACACGUUCCUCCGUCAUGUGUUGUUUGUGUAGGUGAGAGUGUGUGUGUGGGAGGGAAAGUGUGUGUGAGAGGAAACAAUCAGAUGAAGAUAGACAGGCUAUGUUGGGCCAUCUUUGUGAGGCCUUUUGUUUGAGCUGGAGAGGAGAACAUGUUCUUUGGUGUUUGGAAUUAUAAAGCUCCAUCCAUACUCAAGGUCGUUUGAAUAUUUUGAGGGUUACGUUUCACCCUGCAGAGCUACAUUCCUUUAUAAACUGGAUUUUCUACCCUGUUUUCAAAAAUCAAAAAUUAGAACUGCCUUUAAAGUUAUAUUCAAUGACCAAAUAUCACAUCCAGCAUCAGAACACAGAUGUUCUACGUUCCGCAGAGCUGCCCAGCAAAUAUUCAGACUCAAUCAAAUAAUGCUAAACACUCAUGAAGACAUAGUGUCCAGAUAUCUGUCUAUCAUUCUGAAACAUCCACAUCUUCAUAUCAUUGUGAUAUCAAUACAAACGGUUGGGUCCCAUAUUUAUAUAAAGGACGUCUAUAGGGUCAUCUGGUGCGAGGGCUGCUCUGAUGUGCACUUUCCCAACAGAUUUUGUAUCCUCUUUUCAGAAAUUUGAAUUUAGCAUUAAUUGAUUUUUAUCCAAAUGUCAGACCCAACUUGGAAGAUUAUAAAGUGCACUCUUCCUAGAUAAUCAUUAUAUAUUUUUUAGAUGAAAACACUGUGGUGUUCUCAGAUUACUGAUCGUAUCUCUACCCUUUUUUAACACCAACAAAUAAGAGAGCUCUAUGGGGUUUAAUACAGCUUUAUUUUAAUCUAUUUAGUAAUAUAUUGAUAUAGAGAAGCCAGAAAUGUUAAGAAAAACUCAUUUUUAUUCAGUUAUUCAUCAAACCCUUACCAGGAAAGAUAACAUGACAACAAUACAGAUAAGGAAGAAGGACACAGGCAGAGAAAGGGUCAAAAGCAAACAAGAAGGAGUUCAAACUGUUCACAGCGAUGUUUUCAGAUGAAGGAGAGCAGGGAGUAGGUGGCAAAACAUAAGCACAUACAGUAGGUGGCAAAACAUAAGCAUAUACAUGUGAAUGAUAAUGGAGAGAUGAACGAAACUGCUUUUCUCUUUCUUUGAGCAAAGACUAACAAAAGGAAGCAUCUGUCAGCGUGUGACUGAGGAGCAGACAAAGCCAGGGAAAAGAAUCAUCUGGCAACAUUUGCUUUCACGUUUCCUUAUAAAACAUGAUUUUAUUAUAGGCCAGUGCCUCAAGAAACAAUGAGUCUUCAAAAAAGGCAGUUGUCAUGUUCACACUCACAUUGGUGUCACUUUUCAGCACGCGGCACUGUAGGUGUGAGACUGAAUGGCCAUUCUGUUCACCUCCGUCUCCAAAUCAACGUUAAACAAAGUGCAGACAGCAGGCAUGGAAACAGGGCGCUAUGUUAGGUUGAUGUGAAAUAUUUAAAAAGUAAACCCAAUUGAACUUGAGCCAGUUUAACUUUCUUAAAAUGAAACCAAACUUAACUUAGUUGCCAGAAGCACAUUUUGUAAAAGAAAAAUUAAAUAAUGUUAGCAGAUACAUUUAUAAAAAAAUCUAACAAUGUUGAUAAAAGACACAAUUCAGGCAUUUUCAUUGUGCUUGAACAAAAGAGAUCACACAGAAGCUUGAGAAGAGCACAUUUCUGUGACGUGUGUUGAUUUCAGUUUCUGUGACUCGACUUAUAUAACCUGACUCCACGCCAAACACAUCUGGCAGCAUUUCUGUGGAUAUUUUCAGACGUUUGAUGCAGGUAGCUAACAGGAUGUGUCUCAGUUCUCAUGCCCACAGAGAUCUUAUCACUCCAUUGUUUCUCCUCAAUCUGAAGCAAUUAGACGUCAGCGAUGAAUCACUUUCAAACUGACACUCAGGUGUUGUGAUUCAGAGUAUACUGAACAACUGAAACGUUAACUUAAAUAAAAUGUAUUAUGUCAACAGGUUCCAAGUAGUUGUAUUAGGUUAGUUGAAAGCAAAUUGAACCUAAUAUGUUGUAUUUAAACGUAAUAUUAUUGCUUUAAAGCUACCUAAUACAUAUAUGUGUAAUUUGUUUAGAAAUACAUUUAUUUAAGUAAACUCUCGAUUUUUUUUCAGUAUUCAGACACAGUAUUUAAUAUUUGUUAUAUUAUUUGACCAACAUAUUUGGUUUAUUAUUAAAGAAAUAAACAUGUCGGUCUUUAAUACAAAAACGCUGUUCUUAUCAUCAUAAGAGUCUAACCAUCAUGCACUGAAAAACUGAAACAUUGACUAAAUGUAUUAUGUCAACAGACUUCAUAUCACUGUAUUUGGUCAGGGAAAGGCUUCAAUAAAGAAUAUUAGGUUCAAUUUAAUAUCAUUGCUUUCAAAUAACCUAAUACAGUUAUGUGAAAUUCGUCGACACAAUACAUUUAAUUAAAGUCAACGUUUCAGUUUUCAGUGUGGGUCACUAAAACUCUCCCCUGAUAUCUGACAUAUUCCUGCAGGUUGUAUACAUUUAAAAUAUGAGAUAACACUUCAGGCCCUAUAAGCCCCACACACACUAUCAGCAGCCUGAGUUACCAGUGAAACACUAUUUGCGAUUUCUUGUACUAUGUUGAAAACACGUGUGUCACCCUAAAGCCCCUGUCACACUGUCCCGAAAUUGACACCAGAUGGACACACGAUAGAGGAAAUGUUCAAAUUCGGCUCUGAUCGUAACAACAUCGGGCCAUUCGUGAGGGCAUCUUAAGCCAUCGUAAGACCACCGGUGGAGUUUCUCAGGCUCCGGCAGCAACUUCGUGAGCGGUGGCUCGAGCAGUUUUGUGUUGAAUUUGUGUGUCCAUGUUGCCCUUCGUAAGGCCAGCGUGAGGGCAUCUUGUCAAAUCGUGUCAUCUUCGUCUUUACUUCGUGUGAUCAUCGGUGCCAUCGGGCAUUUUCGCUUCACGAAGACAAUAUGAAGGAAACAAGAAGCUGCCCAAUUGUCUUAGGAAGGCAACACGACUACGUGAAGCCCUCGCAAUGCCGUUGUGUAGCCAUCGUAUUAUAGUGCGAUGACAUCGAGAUUGCAUUUAUUGAACAACAAAAUCAUGUAAACAGAUUAUGUAAAUAACCCAAUUUGUGUUCUGUGAAACUGAAAAGGAUAUUACAUUGUGUUUGUUACUUUCGUUGCAGUUGUGUGUCUUAAAUGUAAUUUAGGUUAACUUCCUGUUUUAUUUAGAUGCUUUUAUUUUGAAGGUGAGUUUGCGCUGUUGACAGGAAGUUGUUGUUGCUAUGGAAACACCAUGACGGAGAUAAGGAAUAAGUAAAGAAUAAAGUGUAUGUUUAAAUGUUAGCACCCCCCGAAGAGGCACAAGCUCUUACGUUGAGUCUGGAUACAUUCUAAAUCAUCAGUAAAGUCUACGACCAUAUUUUCCUGUGUGGUUCGGGUGCCAUCGUGUGGCCUUCUGUAGGCAUCGUACUUGCUCCGGCUGUUGCUUGGCUGUUGACCAACUUCGGGGCCAUCUUCGUGCGAAAUUCACAAUUCCAUAUUCGUGUGUCCAUCUGGUGUCAAUUCCGGGACAGUGUGACAGGGGCUUAACCGAACUCCCAGAUGUAUGAAAAGUGUCACACUCUUUUUAAAGCACAUGCCUCUCAGCGAUGAUACCUGUUUGAAGACCAAAGACUCGGUCUCAAGAUGUUUGUGAUAUUGUGCAGCUCGAUAUUUAAAACCUUUCCUCGUUGGUCCAUCUCCAGGUAUCGUAGACAAUCACUCCGCCUGCCUUAACUGAAUGUCUGCCUGAAAGCAUACACACACACCUUGGUUUUCCAGUUGAGAUAGCUGUGUUAUCAUUAUGUACAGUAUAUUUAUGUUGUGAAGUGAAUAUCUACUGCAAGAUGAAGAUACAUUUCAAACGAAAGAGUUCUACGCUUUACGUUGAGGUCAGAUCGCUGCCAUGUGGAAGUGAUUCUCUUGAUAUUGCCUUUGUUUUGGCUCUUGUUCACUUUUUAUUUACCUGUGAGUUGAAAGUCCCGUCUUUAGCUGAAGUGUUUUUUUCUCCCAAAAGAGAACGUGACCAAAACGUUUGUUUCUUUAAAUAUAUUUUAUUGUAAUAGCACUAAACCAAUAAAUUCCAGUGAAGUAA